AUGUUUGCCUACUAUCACCAAAUUCAUCAAUCUAUAGUUAUCUAUGGUGAAAUAGCCAAAAAGUACUCAAAACAGAGACAGGUCGUACGGAAAAGUCAAAUCUGUUUGAACGCUCAAAAAGUUCUGACGACGGCGCACAUAUUCUGA